CACCUAUAAUGAAUCCGAUGAAACUGUUGUGUUACUGAGAACGCCACAUCGUGCGUUAUAGCCUAUAGUGUUCCUUUUGAAUUUCAGUUGAAUAAUUUCAACAAUCCAAAAACGGAAAAUCUAUAUAGCAGUUAAAACAACUUGGCCGUAUCUUAGAAACUUUAGACUAUCUAGAUCACAUCAUACGGAAAGAUCUAUGGUGACAGCGUACAGUGAAAUGAAAGUAUCUGCUGCAUAUCACCACUCAGACACUAAGUUCCCAGUACCCUUACACUGCCAGAAUUCAAAUGCUGUGUUUUCUUUAAGUUGGCGCAAAGUGCUAAUAAAGAAAAGGAACGGGGUUUGCCCCCCUGCCAAAGAAAUAAGUAGAAGGUAUCCAAGACUUUUAGAUGGUAGAAGUAAAGAGGAGGUAAUUAAAGGAUGGGUAACUCGGUAGCGAAGGAAUCAGAAGAGCCAAGUGAAGGAGGUCAGAGGCUGAAUUUGUCUCGCAGUGUUAAUCCAGAACAGUUUUUAAAACACUCAUCUGGUGAAUUUCUUGAGGGUUGUCUCCUAGAGUUACCAUGGGAAAUAUACUACAAUACCGUCUCCAUGUAUGAGGAAAUUAAUGCAAGUUUUAAUUUCAUCAGUGAGAUCCCAGAAGAGCUUAGUCUACAUGUUCCACAUUUGAGGAUGCUAAAUUUUAGUCAUAACCAAAUUACAAGUUUGCCACAGUCUUUUAGUUUACUUCUUCACUUGCAAGUUUUAGAUCUUUCAUAUAAUCGUCUCAAAAUUGUGCCCGAGUCUAUAACUUGUUUACGACAACUUCAUACACUAAAUAUUGCCAACAACAAUCUAACUGAGCUUCCAGGAACAAUCUCAAAGCUUGGAAAGUUAAGCAAACUUAAUGUUAGCAACAACAGUCUCCGUGUGUUACCUAGUUCACUUGUAGACUGCCCAAAGCUGAAUGUGUUGGUGUCACUGGGGAAUAAUCUGAUUCACCCUCCCCAAGCUAUUUGUGACUGUGGAUCUCAAGCAACUCUUACCUUCCUGAGGGAGAGACAUGUUCCAGUUACAUCAACAAGGCCUGCAUUAAAGAAGACUGUAUUUAUGCGUGUAAGAGGACAACAAGUAUUGGCUAGUGUCGCUAAUCCAGAAUCAGCAAGUACAGAAUAUCGACAAGCUCUGGGUACAUCAAGGACAAAUAAGCGGAAGUGUCCACUCAUGCCACCUAUGGAUGCUACUCUACUGAAUCCUGAUCAAUUGAGAGAUAUGUUGCUAGGUCUCAUAUAUGGAGCAGCAAUAGCAGAUGCAAUGGCACUGAACACUGAAAGGCUUUGUGAAGAUGAAUGUCAAUUCUACUAUUGCCCGGAGAACAUCAUGCUAAAGGACAGAAUUUCUGACCAUCUCAGACUUCAUUUCUCACCACAUGACUGGUCUUGUAACACUGAUAUUAUGCUCCUUGUUUUAGAGUCGCUGAUGAGGUGGGGAGGCGUUGUUGAUGAAUUAGAGGUAGCAAGUCAGCUUGAUCAGUGGAGAAUUCAUGGCUAUGUGGAUAUUGAUCCUUCUCCAGGAUAUCCGCUUUCUCCAUACAUGAACCAGGUUAUAACAAUUGAAGGAUACUCUGCAAAUCCACAUGCAACAGCUGAUACUGCAUAUAAGCUUGCAAAAGAGGAGAUUUCAAGAGGUAUAUACAAUGUAAAUCCAAGAGACAAUUCCUGCCUUCCAACAUCCUUGGUCUUAGGAGUACCAAACUUUUACAAGGAAGCUGAAGUGGAGAUGAACUCUGAUAGAAUAUGCAGAGCUACUCAUGCUGACCCAGUAGCCAGAGCAUCUUGCUGGUUCUUGUCACUCUUGAUGGCCUCACUGCUUCAGGGUAAGAUGUGCAGUGGGAAGCAUUCAUUUAUUAAUGUAAUGGAUGAUAUCAAAGAAAAAGUUGCUCAGAAGAUUCUUGAAGAAAAUGACAGAGAAAACUUCCGAAAGGCUUUCACUGAUAUCAGCAAUAAGACGGUCCAAGGAGACGAUGUAACAACUUCAUUGAGUUUAUUGUAUACUGUGAUGAUGAAGGAUAAGUUCGACUUCAAGACUGAGAUUGUGAAUAUUGUAAUGAGAGGAGGCACUGGUGUCAGUGCCCAUGCAAGUGUUGUUGGAGGGAUCUUAGGUGCUAGUAUUGGUUAUUCGCAACUCCCCCAAGAAUGGCUUGGUGAGCUCCCACAGGAAAAUAUUAAAUUACUGAAUAUGAAACUAAAUUCAUUAUUGGAUUUGUUUGGCUUGCCAUAAAAUUUAUGGCUUAAUGCAAUUGUUCAUAUAAUGAAUAAAACAUGU